AUGUCCGGAGCAGCCAUGGGGAAAGGCACAGAGCCAAAGCCUGACAGCUCGGAAGAGGAGCUGGAAGCAGGGAGCACACCCCAGGCAUCCUACAGGCAGGGCCUGUGGGUCUCCCAAGGCAGGGAAGUAGCCACCUGCCUGGGCGAUGCCGAAGGGAUGAAGGUGAGGAAGAGGAGCAGGCCAGUGCGCUCCAAAGCCAGGAGGAUGGCUGCCAACGUCAGAGAGCGCAAGAGGAUCCUGGACUACAACCAAGCCUUCAACGCCCUGCGGCUGGCUCUCAAACACGACCUCGGGGGCAAAAGGCUUUCUAAAAUCGCUACCCUGCGGCGAGCCAUCAACAGGAUCACGGCUCUGUCCCUGUCCCUGCAUGGUGCCGGGUGCUGCUGGAGCUCUGAGCGCCGCAGUCGGGCAGGGGUCCCUGUGCAGGAGCCAGGGGUGAAGCCCGGCUGUCCCCAGCUCCCAUGGGAGCCUGGUUCCACAGCCGCUUUGCAGCAUUGCCCUCCAUCCCCUCUCUACACUGCGUUUUCCCCUGAGAGGCAGCUCCAUCACUACGAGAGCCUGAAGGAGGAUUGCUCCAUGCCCAUCCCUGCCUAUUGCUCCAGCGGGACCCACCACCCUGGGCUGCGAGGUGCCUGCCAGCAGAGAUACACGGGCAGCCUGCAAGACCCCCUGUCCGCGGCCAUCCCCUGGCAGCUGGGCUAUGGCCAGAGCUGGGGACACCAGCAGUGCCUCCCCAUCCACUGA